AUGACAUGUCUAGAUUCGAUUCGUAUCGAAGUUAAAAGUGCCAAAUAUCAUGAUACACCAAUAUAUACAAAUUGGAGUUAUAUUCGUCUCACAGAGUGGGAUAGUCGAAUUCAACUGAUUCCAGAAGGACAUGAUAAAGAAAGAGUCGAAGGCUUUUCGAAGCCAUUGGAUUACGACUUAACAUCAACAUCUGUGAGUGAUUUAUUUCAAUAUUCAAUACCAUCACCAUCCGAUAGCAGUUCUACAUCAUCGUCAACACCUUGGAUAUUAAUAUUGUUCGCCGGUACUACACAAAAUAAUAAAUGGGCAGAAAUGACUCGUA